AUGGAGGUUGCGAUAUCUCGAGAAGCAAAACGUGACAAGAUGUUCAAGCAAGGUGGUGCGGACAUUGAGUCCGGUAACAAGGGUGGCGUUAAUGGCGGUCAAAUAUAUCCGGGGCAGAUGGAAGAUCCUCAGAUGAGAUGGGCAUUUAUCAGAAAAGUUUAUUCUAUAGUUUGUACACAACUUUUUUUCACCGCCGUGAUCGCCACCGUCAUGUUCUUCACUCCGGCCGUCAAACAUUACAUGAGAACCAUUCUUGGCAGAGUCACCGUCAUUGUUCUUCUUGUCAUCGCCUUUAUACUUAUCUUCUUGAUGGGUCGCUAUGGAAAAAAACAUCCAUGGAACUAUCUUCUUAUGGGAGUCUUCACCUUGUGUCUAGCAUGUGUUGUUGGAGCAGCCUGCGCUUUAAGAGCCGGGGAAACUAUCUUGAUUGCUGCUGGGCUAACAGUUCUUAUAACUGUUAGCCUUACCUUAUACACAUUUUGGGCUGCAAGUAGAGGCAAAGACUUCAGCUUUUUGGGCCCAUUCUUAUUUUGUGCCUCAAUAGUCCUAUUUAUGUUUAUUCUAAUGCAGUUUAUUCUCGAUCUAGGACGUGAAGCACGAGUGGUAUAUAGUUGUCUGGCAGCAUUACUAUUCUCAGCAUAUCUAGUAUACGACACGAAUAACUUAAUCAGGAACUUCACGUACGAUGAAUAUGUCAUUGCAGCAAUUUGCCUUUUCGGAGACAUCGUUAACCUCUUCUUAGCUCUUCUUGGAAUCUCUGGUGAAUAA